AUUAAAAAAAAAAAAAGACAAGAAAGAGAGAAUCCUUAAAAAUAAACCAGAAAUAGAGGAAGCCAUUAAAACUGCACAACAGACAGGCAAACAUAGCAAACAAUUUCGAAGAAACGCUCGUAACCCACAAAUCAACUACAAAAUAAACGACCCCUUGGCCGCUUUUCUCUUCAAGGAACAUUAUCUUAUAGUAAUCCAGAAAGAUGUCUCCUGCAUCAAAAUCCAAGACCAAGUCCCAGGAUAAGACCUCUGCAAAGUCUGCUAUAGAACAGCCAAAAGCAUCCAUUAAGUCUUCUGGAUCAGCCAACUCUGUAACUGGGAAUCCAGCGAAUGCUUAUAAUCCAAUUUCUGGGACUUUUCACACAUUAGAAAUACCAGCUGCUGCUGCUUUCCCGCCCUUGCAUGAUAAUGGUCGUUUCAGAAAUAUAGAUGACACAGAUGAGCAUUCUAGUAGCCCACAUGGAACAGUUUCUGAGUAUGAUUCAGUUUCCAACAAUGGGAGCUGCUCUGGUGAGUCAGAGGACAUUAAAGAGAAGAUAAUCAAUUCUACUCAACAGGAAACGAUACCUGGCUUAGACAGCAACCGAUGUGAGAAGAUCCGUCAGAGGAAUGAGAAAAAGCAUCAGCGUCAGAGAGAGAGGAGGGCGCAAGAGUUGCAUGACCGAUGCAGUGGGUAUCUAAUGUCAAGAAAACUAGAAAGGCUUUCACAGCAGCUUGUGGCAAUGGGUUUUUCUCAUGAGCGGGCAAUCUUGGCCCUUAUGUUGAAUGAGGGCAGGGUAGAAGAAUCGGUAAACUGGCUUUUUGAGGGAAGUGAAGAGGAGGCUCAAAAGGACUCUAAGCUUGAAAGUGGUGGUAACCUAAAAAUUGAUAUAAAUGAGGAGCUCGCUCAAAUCUCAGCAAUGGAGAUGAGAUACAAAUGCUCAAAGCAGGAGGUUGAAAGAGCUGUGGUUGCUUGUGAAGGGGAUCUAGUGAAGGCAGAAGAGACCCUGCAGCCACAGAAGCAGGAACCACCUGCAACUCCACCAAGGCAAGAAUAUACUGCUAAUACGAAUAACCUGAGGAGACUGCUUGAAAAGCCUGUACCUGUGACUUCAGUUACAGCACAGCAGAGAAUGAAUGAACGGGAUUUCAACUACAAAGCAGCUAUUCCAGUGCCAACGUAUUCAGAACCUGGGAGUAGAAACUUGCAACCUCUGAAUCAGCCCAAGCCACUAGCAGACAAGAGGUGGGGCGCAACAGGAUCGAGCCCUGCAUUCUCAUCAUCUAUGGGACCAUCCAUGCAAAUACCACCUCAAUCAACAAAACUUGAUGUCCAGCUUGGUUUUACUGAAGGAGUGGGCACAAUAGGAUCGAGCCCUGCAUUCUCAUCAUCUAUGGGACCACCCAUGCAAGUAGCACCUCCAUCAACAAAACUUGAUGUCCAGCUUGGUUUUUCUGAAGGAGUGGGCACAACAGGAUCUAGGCCUGCAUUCUCAUCAUCUAUGGGACCAUCCAUGCAAGUAGCAACUCCAUCAACAAAACUCGAUGUCCAGCUUGGUUUUACUGGAAAUGAGAGGAAAAAUGUGCAGCAGAUAGUGAGGGAACCAGUAAGCCUUCAAUCUAUGAAUGCCAAGCAAAAUACAGUCCCUUUCGCCAGUGCCACUCCUUCAGUAACAGCUGGAUGGUAUUCAAAUAAUGUUCCAGGUGUUGAACAUAUGCGGUCAAAUGUUAAGUUGCUUUCAAAUCAGAGCACUGGAAGCCUUGGUCUUGUAAAUCAGAGCUCACAACAAUUUUACCAUCCAGUGUCAUACAAACAAAACCCGUUCCCUUAUAGCGGCCUAGUAAAUUAUACAUCAAAUGGACUGGGAGGAACAAGGUCUCCUUCACUUACAGUUCCGUCUCAGUUGCAAGGUUCAUAUGGUAGAACGACAGCAUCUUUGCCUUCUCUAGCAGCACCAUCCUCACUUGGUUUAUUCACUGGCUGGGGCUCAGCUGGAACUUUAGGUUCUUCACAUGUUGAUUGGAAUACAGGAGGCCUGAUGUCAGAAUUUGAUUACACCAGCAUCGAUUGGACUUUGGAUUCGAACAUGUUAUCCUCUAAGUCAAAUGGGCUGUUGCUGGGCCUCUCCUCAUUACUUAGGAACACGUCUAGCACAAGGACGAGCAGUACAAAUAGUUCCUUCCUGUCAGGGUUACGGGACAGUGGAGUGGCUAAAGAACCAUCAUCCUCAGCUGGUUCGCGCGAGUGGACCUCUCCUUUCGCAGGCAUGGACAUCUUUAGUGUGCCAAGGCAGUUUGUAACUUCUCCAUCUCCUUAGGACUAGGGAUAGGACUUUGGAAAAGGAGAAGAAAGCAGGCAGUGAGGCUUGUUUAGUUGGGGUUUGGAUGCAUGUUCAUGCUUGUUUCUGGUUUUAUCAGUGGUAAAUGCAUCCAUCAGUUUCUGCUU